CUAAUAAUUAUGCUAACAUAACGACUAUCAUUUUCAAUUAAUUUGGUAAAUAGAUUUACUUGAUGAUCUCUAGGCCUAUAAUCAAUAAAUCAGGACAUUUCCAAUCAUUAUUUUUAAUCUCACAACUCAAAUGAAGACCGGAUGUAAACAAGGCUUCAGCACACUGGCCACCACCUUGAUCUUUUCGUAGUGUGCUGGCUCAGUCCUAACGUUAUAGCCUGGUGACAACGAGGUUACUGCAUGCUUUAUUUUUUUUAAAUAGGAGGAAACGGGGAAAUAACGGACCAGUAACUCCAUCUGUGUGCUGGGCUGGAGAACAGUAGCAAGCAGCAGCAACAGCCCUGUACGAGGUCUCUACCCGGUGUCUGUCAUUACAAGCUGUGAGUAGCUAAUACAAGCUGCGCGCGCUCCGCAUCUCCUCUCAUUCCGGCCCUUUCCACUCAAGGCAUUCUCUGUGCGCACCUUACCAUGUAGCCAGACGCACAGAGUCGUGCCACAUACAUUUAUUUAUUUUCUUGCGUUGACAAAUUUUCAAUGAUCUCGAUCUUUUUUACAACUUAUUUCAGCAUGAUGGCAAAUGAUCAAAGGUUGGUUAUUUUGAAAGGUGAAUUCAAAUGGCAGAGAGCUGUCAAACCUCGUUUCGGCUGAAGGUAUUGGAGAGGUGUUUGAGAAGGUUUCAUGGUGGGAAAUGAAGACCCAUUGAACUCAGAUAAACGGAAUAAAGUUAUACAUUGGAUUAUAUUUAAUCGAUUUUAAAGGUGGGAUGUCAUAGUCAGAGUUCCUUGGAUAUCUGAGAGACAUUGAGGAACCAGAGCCACCAUGGACUCCUGGGUGUUCCCCUCCUCCCUCCCCAACCUAACCGAAGAACCCCUGAUGUACGACAGCUUUAUUCUGGGCAACGAGUCAACGGAACCCAAUGGUACCUAUACGGGCGACAACACGUUCAACCAGACCAGCACCAUGGUCAUCACCUUCCUCUACUUCCUGGUGUGUGGUAUCGGUCUCUGUGGCAACGCCCUUGUGAUCUACGUCAUUCUGCGUUACGCCAAGAUGAAGACGGUCACGAAUAUUUACAUCAUGAAUUUGGCAGUCGCAGAUGUUCUGUUCAUGUUGGGGUUACCGUUCAUCGCCAUUCAGCUGGCGCUGGUCCACUGGCCGUUCGGUGCGGUGCUGUGCCGCGUGGUCAUGACCGUGGACUCACUCAACCAGUUUACCUCCAUCUUCUGCCUUAUGGUCAUGAGCAUCGACCGCUACCUGGCCGUGGUGCACCCCAUCCGGUCCACCAAGUGGCGCAAGCCACGUAUGGCCAAGACCAUCAACCUGGCGGUGUGGGGGGUGUCACUCCUGGUCAACCUGCCUAUCAUAAUCUACAGCGGUUUAAUCACCAAGCACAACAGUUGCUUCUGUACCAUCGUGUGGCCGGAGCCUGAGGAGGCCUACUACACCGCCUUCAUGUUCUACACCUUCGUCCUGGGUUUCUUCCUCCCGCUCAUGGUCAUCUGCCUGUGUUACCUUCUCAUCAUCAUCAAGGUGAAGUCGUCAGGGAUCCGUGUUGGGUCCACUAAGAGGAAGCGCUCGGAGAGGAAGGUGACCCGCAUGGUGUCCAUCGUGGUUGCCGUGUUCGUCUUCUGCUGGCUGCCCUUCUAUGUCUUCAAUGUGACGUCGGUGACAGGAACCAUCUCCACCACGCCCUUCCUGAGGAGCACCUUUGCCUUCGUGGUGGUCCUGGGUUACGCCAACUCGUGUGCCAACCCCAUACUUUACGCGUUCCUGUCGGAGAACUUCAAGAAGAGCUUCCAGAACGUUCUGUGUCGGAAGAAGGUGGGUGGGCUGGAUGUGAUUGAGCGCAGCGACAGCAAGCAGGACAAGUCGCGCAUGAUGAAUGACCCCACGGAGACUCAAAGCACGCUGCUCAAUGGAGACCUGCAGACCAGCAUUUGAUGCUUGAUAAUUCUAACGCAUCCCUUAUGUGUGAUCUAUACAGACAUCUUUGAUUUCACAUCAACACUCCCUCACAAGCUCAUCACACACAAACAAAUAAACUAACAAAACGCACGCAUGCACACACACACAGAAACAAACACACACUUGUUUUGCAGGUGGAAUCGGUCAUCCUGCCCUGUUACCAUGCCCUAUGAACAGCUCACAUAGGGGGAGUGAUUGUAGUUGAUCUCAUGGUGUGAUAUUUUGUAAGCAUUUUCUUCCCCCUGUGGACGAGGUGAAAAAAUGCCAGAGGAACUAAGCCCUCAUGGUGUCUGCUCCUCAACGGCUGUUAUCACGUUCUUUAUGUCUCCUAUCUCUGUUUACCAACUCUCUCUUUACUUUCUCAAAAGACAUACAAUGAUAUGACAGUGGGUUUUCCUGGUCGUAAAACCCAUACAUUGUGAUAUAUUCAUAAAGGAGAGAAUACUAACUGUAGUUGUGACUUUGCUCUCUGGUGUUUGGGUGGAAAGCUGAAGACUUGUACUGAGUGUAUUGAUGCUGGUGGACAGUGACAGGAUCAUGUGAGGACCAGAACAGAGUUGUGUUCAUUAGGCCCCAAAUGGAAGAAAAGGGACUGAAACCAGGAAGUGUUACCUGAACUUGUCUAAUAAGAAACAUGUGUUAUCCACUGCAGAGCAUUUUGCCAUGUUGUGUCCUGAUAAGUCCCAGACGGUUACCUACGGUUACUGAUUGACAGCAGAUGAGACUUAACCAUGGAGAACAAGGAUUCCUUGCACAUAUGUUUACACUAGCAGGGUGAACCUCCACCUCAAUCUGUCUUUGUCACAUUGUCCUGUAGCCGAGAUAAAUACCAGACUAGGAUGUAGGAAGUAUGCCAAAGUGAGACUAGGACUAUAGCAGACUCACUGUGUAAAUAUUGUCUGUUUACAAAGAUUGUGUGUUCAAAAUGGUGGGCUCUGCAGAAUGUGGAAUUAGUAACAUGCCUCUAUUCUUAGAUACUGUAUUACUUAACACAACAGUGAGCAGCAGGCCACAUCUCCUCUGGAUCACUACACCAAGGUGUAGUUUGGUUAUCUAAUGACUUACUACAGAGAGAGGAGGAACAGUAGAGAUGCUGGGACUACUUUGAAAUGACAUAAAAACACAUGAUAUCCCACAUGGUUAAUUUGCUGGCACAAGUCCUGCUGAGACUUAUACUGCCCAAAUAUGGACUCCGUAAAGUCAGUUUAACAUUAUGGUAGACCUUAGUGCUUUUUUUUUAACCUCAGAAAAGACACAUAUGUGCUGUGGACAAAUAUUCAUCAGUGAGUCAUGGACC